UGUUUUGGAAAUAUAAAGUAUCCAAAUUGUGUUAAUAGUAAUGUACAUGUAAUGUGGGUCUUUGGUGAAGAGAUUCAGCAAAACUAAAAGUCACAGUUUCUUAAGUCUUUGGAGACUCCAAAUCUCAAAUAUGGAAUGUAGUUUAACCUAUGAAAAUGGACCAUUAUAUUAUGAAGAUUUUCCUAGAACAGAUGAUCCACUUUAUAUAUUAGGAGAAAAAUACAGUACGUUAUAUGAUCGUGAUGAAUUAAAACAUGAUAUACUAUCUAGAAUCUGGUUUACAUAUAGACGUAACUUUGCUGCCAUAGGUGGUAAUGGACCUAUGAAUGAUACAGGAUGGGGCUGUAUGUUAAGAUGUGGACAGAUGAUGUUGGCACAAGCUCUCGUGCUCAGACAUCUAGGUAGAAAAUGGCGAUGGAAUCCACAGGUGUAUGAUCAGAUAUAUUGGAAAGUAUUAAGCAUGUUUCAAGAUAAAAAGAGUAGUUAUUACUCAAUACAUCAAAUAGCCUCUAUGGGUGAUUCAGAAGGGAAGGCAGUGGGUCAGUGGUUUGGACCAAAUACUAUAGCUCAGGUUUUAAAGAAAAUAUCAGUUUAUGAUGAAUGGAGUAAUAUUGUUGUACAUGUUGCUAUGGAUAAUACUGUGAUAGAGAGUGAUAUCAGAAAAUUGUGUAGAUUAUGUGAUACAGACAAAUCAAAUUCAAGUGAUAUAAAUGGAAGUGCUCAUCAUAAAACAGAUAGUGAAGGUUUUACAAACUGUACAUUUAAUACUGGUCAAACUAAUCAAUCAGAAACUAGACAAAGAUUUAUGAAAUCAGAAAGAUGGAAGCCAUUGUUACUUAUUAUUCCACUACGUCUCGGUCUCACAGAUAUCAACCCUGUUUAUUUUGAUAGUUUAAAGAGUUGUUUAGGAUUAAGACAGUCUGUAGGUAUUAUUGGUGGUAAACCAAAUCAUGCACAUUGGUUCAUAGGUUAUCUUGGUGAAGAAUUGGUAUAUUUAGAUCCACAUACUACCCAACUAUUUGUAAACUUAGAUGAUAAAAGUUCUACAGAUGAUUCCUAUCAUUGUCCAUUUCCUGGUAGAAUGAGAUUAAAUCAGUUAGACCCUUCCGUAGCUGUUGGGUUUUAUUGUGGAACAGAAGAAGAUUUUGAUGAUUUGUGUUUAACGUUUCAUAAGUUUAUAAUAAGACCAUGUAAAAAUCCUAUGUUUGAACUGUAUAAAGAAAGACCAGCUCAUCUGCCAUCUUGUGAUAGUGAUAUAGAAACACAUCUAGCUUGUAAUAGUUCAGAUUUUACAGUGUUAAAAGGUGUACAAGGUGCUGAUGGUGGAGCUGGAUCAACUGAUAGCGAUGAAGAAUUUGAGAUUUUAUAAAGCCACAAAUCAUUUUUAUAUCACUAAAGUCUUCAACCACUUAUUGCCAUUCAAGUUCUUACUAGAGAUGUUUUUAUAUGUUAUGAACUGUAUACAUCAGAAAAUUAUUUUUGUUUAACUUAUUUAAUCCAAUUUUAACCUGUUACUUAUAGGAAACCUAUAUCUUUAUUAUUUCCAAACUAUGUGUUAUUAGCCCAUAUCGGCCAAUAGGUCACCACUUCUGUCUGUAUGUCAGUAUGUCUGGUGUAAACAAGUAGUCAUUUUAUUGAAAUAAACUUACUUAGCAAUAAAGGGACCUGGAAGGGGCACUUUGAAGGGAAAAGUUAGACAAUGAUGGAUUUCAGCUAAAUUUAGAACCAGUUGCCAGGAUUGUAAUUAUAUAGAUUUGCUCAAGUUACAUUGUCGGCCCAGAACAUAGUAUGCCUUUUUAUGAAAGUGAUUUUCUUUUUAAUUUAUUGAAAGACACAGACAUUAGACAAUGAUAAAAGAGUUUAUGUUGUGGGCAUUCCAUUCUUAUUCUCACUUAGCAAAAAGCUCUUAACUGAUUGGCAGUUAAGGCCCUUGCAGAUAUGUAAGAAAUCAAAUAUGUUAAAGAACAUAUUCUUUCUUUCAAUUAACUAGCAUAAUUUAUGACCUAAUUUGUGUUUAUUUUCUUUGCAAUUAAAGGAUACCCAAUCUCAGUGACAACUAUUAGUUUAAAAUUAUU